GAAGACUGCCGGCUGAUUUACGACGGUUUCACAAACAUACCGCUGCCACAAUUUACGGCAACGAGGAAAAAGGUAGUGUGGCGUUGUCGUAAGGCGAUGCGCAUUGGAGUGCCCGGUGCGGAGACAUUCCAGAGUGGAUCCUUAAAAGCUCUGAUUUUGACGGUGCUCCUCAGUGUGUUUAUGUUCCAGCUGCUGAGGACUGUUGGAUUGCGAGCGUUCUCUAUGGCAUCUGAGACGUACAUGUCGGGAACACACUCCGCAGCUUUUGUCACCUGUCCAAAUGACACUGUUGCCAAAGACUUGGCUAGGGGUAUUGUGGAAAAGAAACUGGCUGCUUGUGUGAACAUUGUCCCAGCAAUUACAUCUGUAUAUGAGUGGCAGGGAAAGAUUGAAGAGGAUAACGAAGUACUUCUGAUGAUCAAAACAAGAAGUUCCAAAGUGCCUGCUCUUGCUGAAUAUGUCCGCUCUAACCAUCCCUACGAGGUGGCUGAGGUCAUCAGCCUGCCUAUUGACCAGGGUAACCCACCUUACCUGAAGUGGAUCGGAGAUAUUGUGCCAGAGUAGGGAUAGAUGGAUGGCUAAAUAUAAAAAGCAGCGUGAAAUAAACAUCCAGUGCUUCAGCAAGUAAAUCAAACUCAGUAGUCUGCCAUUUAAAUUUUGCUAAUGUUACCAACUAUGGAAAACUAAGCUUAAAUUGGUCAAUGUGAAAACACAAAAUCAAAGAUAAGUACAUAUAUGUUGGUUUGUUGCUGGAGCAAAUAUGGUUUCCUUCACAUGUUUACCACUAGAUGGCAGCAUCGGUACGCCCUGAAAUAAACCGGGUGCUGCUUUGACCCGUUUAAAAUUAUAAGUUUGAUAUGUUUCUUGCGGUCGGCUCAGACUGCAUUGUGAAAUAAACUUUUCUAAAGUA